AUGCACGACAAGGUCAUCUAUCUGCCCAUCUUCCUGCUCUCUAUUUCAUCUGUCAGCUCGUGGUUCCUGAAAUAUCGGCAACUACAUAGUGCACCUUACUCUGGAAAUCCCUGCGCCUCAAGCCGUUUGCCGAGGGGGAGAUUUGGGGACGCAUUGCCAGCCGCGAGCUGGGGGCCUGGGCCAGGAAGGGCGGGUAGGGGGGUACAGCACAGAGCUGUGAUUACAGAUGAAGCCGGAGGGGAUCGUUCCUAUAUGAGAUUAACAGAAAAAGAGGAUGAAACAUUGCCGAUAGAUAUAGUUCUUCAAACACUGUUGGCCUUUGCACUUACGUGUUAUGGAAUAGUACAUAUUGCAGGAGAAUUUAAAGACAUGGAUGCCACUUCAGAACUAAAAAAUAAGACAUUUGACACAUUAAGGAACCAUCCAUCUUUUUACGUAUUUAAUCAUCGUGGUAGAGUAUUGUUCCAGUCUCCAGACAUAGUGAAUUCUUCAAACCAAGAUGCUUUGUCGUCCAGUGCGUCAUUGAAGUUACGAAAACUUGAACCUCUGCGCCGUUAAAGUUUUUACAGAUUAUAAUAGAACAGGACACUGAGAUGUAAUAUUGGAGUUGGGGGAUGUAAACACUUUUUUAAUUUCUGGAGCAGUAUUUAUAUUGAUCUUCCAGACUUUAUAAAAUAUAUAUAUAUAACUAAGGACCUUCUUUGUACACCGUUAAUGCAAAUGACUGAAUUGUGAGUGGGCAGUGGAGUGUAAGUUAUUGCUACAAUUAUGCUGUGAAACACAUCUUUGAACUUUCAUAUAUUAAUGUUGCAGUUGAUUUUUUUUGUUAGAACUAUUCUUAUCCUUAAGAAAAGGCAAAGUUUUAAUUUUAAUGAAUAUUCUUUGAAGAGAGGGAAUGCUUUAAUGCUAUUUAUUUUCUUGAUUUUCUUGUAUUACCCUUUAAGAAACUCCGUCAGAUAUAAUGGAUGCAUUGCAGCAUUUAGCAGCAAGAAAAGUUAGGACAAGAAGCUGUCUCCUGUUCCUAGAAAGUCUGAGAUGCACAUUUUGGGUCUGUUUGCUGUCAUUUUCACAAUGCUAGAAAAGUGGCUGUGUUGGACGGGUUUUCUAAGUCUUAAUUUUCAAGUUAUUCUCCUGUUUAAAAACAUACUAUUCUAUUGCUCCCAAAUUUGUCAAGAAUGCUACAGCUGGUAAAUGUACAGGAGAGACUGCUUGGUGUUUUUUUGAUAAUCAAAUAUGUUCAGCUUGUUUAUCCACUGUAUUUGUAUUGAUCUCUGUGCAUGUAUGCAGGAAUGUUCAUAAGAUGGCUCAGUCAUAUUUCAAUACCAUACACAGCCCCAGAAACUAGUUUCUCUCAUAUGCAUUCUGAGGAGCAGUUUUCAUAAGUAUUAUAAAGAAAUAUCCAUUCUAACAGAUUGUAUAUGUUUUCCAAUAGGGUGCUUUAAGGAUUAGGGGGCUAAAUGUGCGUGGUGUCACUAGGCCCUGAAGCAUCAAAUCAAGCUAAUGAAACUUACCUCUGAGCCAUUAGCUGACUUGAGAACUGUUUUGAGGGCACAUGUUCUUAAAGCAUGGCUUAGCCUUUAACCUUUACUAACUUUUUUAAAGGCUGGUUUUACUGUUUAACUUUGUCUAGGUGUGGCAUUUCAAAUUGGUAACUGAAAGUUUCUCUGCUGCUUCCAUGACAUAGCAGAGAUCCUUUGUAUUGUGUAAAAUGCUUUACAAGGCCCACAUUGAUUGCUGUAUAUUCCCUCUGGAAGAGCUCUUACUUCAGCAUGCAAAACUCAGCCUUUUACCCUAUUUAAAAAAAAAAAUUUUUUUUAUUCAACCCAGCAAUCUGAAAGUUCAAAAGCAAAAAGUAUAGGAAAGCCACAGAAAACUAAGCACCUUCUGCUGGUCCAUCUAAGGGCCUAGUAUCUGUAUGAGAACAGCUGUAUGGGUAGUUGCUUGGAGUAGUUUUAAGAAUGUCAGUAGGAGGUUCUUUGGGCUGGUUAAAUAUCCAGAAGGAUUAGUGUGGUGGUUAAAACAUUAGUCUUCGAUCCCCUUCCCCCAGAGUCAUAAAUAAGCUCUAUUAACUGAUCGCUGCUACCUUUGAAAUCCUUGAGCUGUCCCUUUUAACUUCAUUUUUACAUACAAGGCUGGUAUAUAAGGAAAGGACUGCUUUUUGCCCUGACAGCUGAUCUGGAGGAAAUAGAUAUAUCUAAGCCAUCAAGACUCUUGCUAGCUAUGGAGGAGCACAAGUGGUAUGGGAAAUGAAAUGAGGUUCUCAUGCCAUUGGAUUAAAUGACAAAAGGUGAAGAAAGAAGACCUGAGCUUAUGUUACUGGCCUAGAAGACUGAUAUGCCAAUUGUUUGGCAGCAUACCAUUUGCCUAACAGCUCUAGAGCAGGGCUGCUCACCUUUUAGUAUCUCAGAAGCCAUGUUCAUGCUGCUGUCAGGCUGUCUAGACCUACUUGGCGCAAGAGGUGCUACAGUGUGAAGUCUGGCGUCCUGCUUGGAGCAAAAUGUUUGUGUCUCAACUCUCAAUGUUUCAGUUUGAGAGCUGCAAAGCACUUUGGUGGUUGCAUCUGGCCUGUUAAUCACAUGAGGCGUAGCCUUACUCUUUAGGAAACAAUGGUUAUAUCAUAAAGCUGUACACUUUUUCCUAUCUUGCAAUGCCCAAUAAAGAAUCGAUAUCCUUACGAA